AUGCAUAAACGCACAAAGAUAAAGAUUGCCAUCUUCGUGCUCCUGGUGGGUAUGGCUUGCAUGUUCACGGCGGUGGUAACUGACCACUGGGCUGUGCUGAGCCCUAAGGUGGACAAACUCAACGAGACAUGCGAGGCAGCCCACUUUGGCCUGUGGAGGCUGUGCAAGAAGUAUAUCUACAUAAGCUCGGAGAACUACGUGGAGGGGCAUGGCUGUGGACCCAUCAGUCUGCCUGGAGAUGAGAACUGCACAUACUUCAAGCACUUCACUCCAGGGGAGGAAGCUGAGAUAUUUGAAUACAAAACACAAAAAGAGUACAACAUCUCUGCCGCAGCCAUCUCCAUCUUCAGUCUGGCCUUCAUGAUCCUAGGUGCCUUGUGUUUAAUGGGGUCAUGCACCGGUAAAGGCAAAGGACGGGACUAUCUCCUCAAACCUGCUGGCAUGUUCUACGCAUUUGCAGGUCUCUGUGCCUUCAUCUCGCUGGAGGUGAUGCGUCAGUCUGUCAAGCGCAUGAUUGAGAGCGAGGACACAAUCUGGAUCGAGUACUACUACGGGUGGUCGUUCGCUUGUGCCUGCGCUGGCUUCGUCCUCCUCUUCCUCACUGGACUCGCCCUCCUGCUGCUCUCCAUGCCUCAGAUGCCCCGGAACCCAUGGGAGACCUGCAUGGACGCUGAGCCUGAGCAAAUGGAGUGAUGGCUGCACAGGGAUGACUGGAGCUUAAGAACGACUAUGUGUUGUGUUUUGUUUUUUGUUUUUUUUUGUAAUGUAGAGAUUAGAUUCAUUUCAGGAACAUGUUGGUCAUAACAGGGCGAGGUCAAAAUAAAAUAAACUUAGUGGCUGUAA